AUGUCGUCGUACAGACCACACCCCCUUCGUCAAACACAGACCGCCGACUACUCGGUUAAUAGACAAUCCUCUUCCACAUCAACAUCGUCAUCGGGGUACUCAGCCUCUUCCAUAGGCCAGUCGGAUAUCAGUCGACCCAUCAGUUCCUUGUCGACAGCAACCAGUGUUUACUCCCAGUAUGGACACAAGCGAGGUCAAAGUGAGGCGAGCCGACUACCCUCAAGCCUGUCUGGUGGCUCCCACACCCUUCCUUCCACGCCGACAAGCGAUAAUCCCUUCAAAAAUGCCCGCCAGUCUCUCCGACCGACGUCUCAAGCCUCUAUGGGAACAGCGACCGCCAACAGCAUAGUGAAUGCGGGUUCGAAGAUUGCGCCGCGAACGCCCACACCAGGCCAUCACGAACGUGGAAAAAGUGUCGACAUCGGCAGGCUAUCCAUCAGCGAGUAUGGGACCUCAACUUCCCAUCGCGAACGCGGUCAGAGUCUCGACAACGGAAAGCCGUCGGCAACUGAGCGCCCACGGAUAUCACCCACGGGCACCGUCCAGGAACGUCUUUCGAGUUUCGAUACAGCAAAGACUUCGGUAUUAGAUCGCCCGCGGAUAUCUCCCACGGGCACCGUCCAGGAACGUCUUUCAAGUUUCGAUACAGCAAAGACUUCAGUAUUAGAACGCCCGCGGAUAUCACCCACAGGCGCCCUUCAUGAACGUGGCACAAAUUUCGAUGUCAGCAAGUCCUCGGUACCGGAACGUCCGCGGAUAUCGCCCACGGGUGCCCUCCACGAGCGCGGUCAUAGCAUCGAUAUCGGCAAAUUAUCGAUUAGUGACAACACACGCAGUUUGUCGGGCAUGUCUCCGACCGUGACAUCGCCUCCGGUGACUUCUCCGACGACCCCUUCAACGCGAAGGCCGGCUUCCAUGUUCCUAUCCAGAUCAGAUUCUGUGCGUGGAGGAAAUGAAAAUGGAUCAAUGGCUCUAGUGCACGCUCAUUCGAGUCCCAUUGCCCUCGCUCGUCCGGAUCUAGAAAAGCUGGGUCGUUCAUCGACAAGUCAAUUGCGAACGCUCUCGCAGUUCGCACAAGAUGGAACGGCGGGAGAGCUUGCCAUAAUAUCUCCUUCGCAAGAAGUUGUUGGUCUCCGCGGACGCCGUAAGUUGCAAAGAGCUGACAAGUCUGUAACGGCGCGGCAAAAGAAUGGCGGCUUUGGAUGGGAGACAAAGUGGAUGGACAAGCAGCGACAGUUUCUACAAGCAUACGAGUACCUUUGCCACAUUGGUGAAGCCAAGGAAUGGAUUGAGGAUAUCAUACAGCGUCCGAUUCCCCCAAUUAUCGAACUAGAGGAAGCUUUGCGAGAUGGCGUCACUUUGGCUGAAGUGGUCGAAUCCCUUAACCCUGAAAAGAAGUUCCGCAUUUUCCGCCAUCCCAAGCUCCAAUACCGCCAUUCAGACAACAUCGCCAUCUUCUUCCGUUACCUCGAUGAAGUCGAACUUCCUGAUCUCUUCCGAUUUGAGCUCAUCGAUCUAUACGAGAAAAAGAAUAUCCCGAAAGUUAUCUACUGUCUCCAUGCGCUGAGUUGGCUCUUGUUCCGGAAAGGAAUCGUCGAUUUCCGCAUCGGGAACCUAGUCGGUCAGCUUGAGUUCGAAGACCAUGAGCUGGAGGCGAUGCAAAAAGGCCUCGAUAAGCUGGGGGCUAGUAUGCCUAGCUUCGGCAAUAUGGGAGCCGAUUUUGGAAUUGAGCCACCUGAGCCCGAGGAGACAGAGGAGGAACGCAUUGAGAGGGAACUGGCCGAAAACGAAGAGGCCAUUGUGGAGUUGCAAGCCCAGGCCAGAGCGGCGCUUCUUAGGAUACAACUUGGCUACACCAUGCAACAUUUGUGGGAUACCGAAGAUUGGAUCGUCGAUCUCCAGUCUCGUAUUCGUGGUGACUGGGCUCGCCAGGUGGUGGAUUACAGGCUCCAGAUGAAGAACUUUGCAGUCCAACUUCAAAGCGCAGCGCGCGGUUUCCUCGCCCGCCAUCGACAUGCGGAGACAAAGGCACAAACGAGCUUUGCAACCAAGUUGCAACAGACAGCCCGUGGUUUUAUCGCUCGUCACCAAUAUGCUCAAACACGCCUCGCGAUUCAGCUGCAGAAGGCGGCACGUGGAUAUGUUGCUCGUCACCAGUAUGCGCAAACAUGUUUCACGAUUCAGCUGCAGAAGGCGGCACGUGGGUAUCUUGCUCGUCGCCAGCGGACAGAAACAGAGGAGCAGUUCAAAGGCAACGAGGAUGUUGUCUUGCAACUGCAGAGCAUGGUCAGAGCGGCCAAGGUUCGCAAUGAGAUUCGAGAGCAGCAUUCCCAGCUGGAGACGGCAGCCGGACCCCUACGAGACAUUCAAGCGACAUUUCGUGGAUUCCUGGCCAGGAAGCAGCUUGCUGUGCAACAUGAAAAGACGGAGAGCGAAGGCGCUACAAUUGCUCAACUUCAAAGUGCGGUUCGUGGUAUGAUUCUAAGGAAGAAUAUCGAGGAAGAGAGGGCCUCCUUGGAGAGCAACACCGAAGCCAUCACUAGUCUUCAGGCUGCCGUCAGGGCCAUGAAGGCGAGGACCGAGGUCGAUGCCCAGAAACAAGCCCUUGAAGGCUUUGCGCCACAAUGGACCGCUAUCCAAGCUGCCUUCCGUGGUAAGGUUGCCAGGUCCGACGUCGACGCUACCAAGGAAGAGUUGCAGAAGCACUCAACUGAGCUGGGCCUUCUUCAGUCCCAUAUUAGGGCAGCAGCAGUGCGGAGGUGGAUUUCAGAGCAGCUUGAAAGCAUCGGAGAAACAGAGGAAGCCAUCAUCGAUCUUCAAUCCAUGAUUCGCGGCAUGCUUGAACGUUUAAGGAUAUCGGACGACCUGGAUGCUCUUACCCAGGAGACACCAAGCAUCAUUGACCUUCAAACACAUAUCCGUGGAUGUCUUUAUCGAAAGGAGUGUGGCGAGUUAUUGGAUGAGCUCGCGGUCAACACCGAGGAGAUCACCGAACUGCAAGCCCUUGCUCGGGCCAUGUUGCUUCGGAGCGAUGUUGCAAUGGUCUUGGAUGAACUGGAACAGAAUGAGGAGUCUGUGGCGGCGUUCCAGGCUGCUGCCAAGGCUUUCGUUGUCAGAGCCAAGUACGAGGAGAAGAAGCGCUUCUUCCGGCAGAACAUGCAGAAGGUUGUCAAGAUUCAGAGCUUUGUGCGAGCCAAACUUCAGGGUGAAGCCUACAAGAGUUUGACAUCUGGAAAGAACCCGCCCGUCAACGCCGUCAAGAACUUCGUCCAUCUUUUGAACGACAGCGAUUUUGACUUCAACGAGGAAGUAGAGUUCGAGCGCCUCCGGAAGACUGUUGUUCAACAGGUUCGGCAAAACGAGAUGUUGGAGCAGUACAUUGACCAGCUAGACAUCAAGAUUGCCCUUCUCGUCAAAAACAAGAUCACCCUCGACGAAGUUGUCAGGCAUCAGCACAACUACGGUGGACAUGCCAACAAUCUUCUCGCCAACAGUGUCAUCUCGAAUGCCAACCAAUUUGACCUCAAGGCUCUAAACAAGAGUUCGCGCAGGAAGCUAGAGUCUUACCAGCAGCUUUUCUUCACCCUCCAAACGCAACCCCAGUACCUGGCCAAGCUUUUCAGGCGUAUCCGCGAGCAGGGAACAUCAGAAAAGGAGUCAAAGCGGAUUGAACACUUGAUGAUGGGGCUGUUCGGAUACGCGCAAAAGCGGAGAGAAGAAUACUAUCUGUUGAAGCUUAUUGCAAGGUCGAUCAGGGAAGAAAUCGAAGCAUGUGCUGCUCUGCCGGAUUACUUGAGGGGCAACUUCUUCUGGACCAAGCUGCUCCAGAACUACACUCGAUCCCCUCGCGAUAGGAAAUACCUUAGGGAUCUCUUGGGACCCCUCAUCAGGGACAACAUCAUCGAGGACCCUGCGCUGGAUCUUGAAAGCGACCCGAUGCAGAUCUACCGGUCUGCCAUCAACAAUGAGGAGUUGAGGACCGGUCGGCCCAGCCAAAGGCCUCUAGAUGUUCCCCGUGAGGUCGCCAUCAAGGAUCCCGAAACAAGGGAGCUCUUUAUCGACCAUCUGCGUGAUCUCCGAGAGAUCUGUGACCAGUUUCUCCUUGCCCUGGAGGACUUGCUUCCUCGCAUGCCAUACGGCCUGAGAUUUGUGUGUCGGCAAACGUAUGAAGCCCUCUGCCAGCAUUUCCAGAGGGAUCACCAGGCACAUCUGCUCCAGGUGGUAAGCAACUGGCUCUGGCGUUUCUAUCUUCAGCCUGCUCUCGUCGGUCCGGAGGCCUAUGGAGUCACGGAGAAGCAAAUGAGUCCCCUCCAGAAGCGUAACCUCGGUGAGGUUGCAAAGGUUCUGGGUCAGAUUGCAUCAGGCCGGCCUUUUGGCGGAGAGAACAUCUAUCUUCAGCCUCUUAAUGCCUUCGUCGCGGAAUCAAUCGAGCGCCUAGCGCACAUCACCGCUUCCCUUAUCGACGUACCCGAUGCCGAGAAGACGUUCGAUAUUGACGAGUUCAAUGAUCUCUACGCCAAGAACAAGCCGACGCUGUAUAUCAAGAUGGCUGAUAUCUUUUCCAUCCACAACCUCAUCGCUGCUGAGUUGCCUCACAUGUGUCCCAACAGAGAUGAUAUGCUGCGCGAGAUCGUCCAAGAUCUCGGUAACGCCAAGAACAACGAGAACGAAAUGACCGCGGGCGGGUCUGCUGAUAUUCAGCUGUUCCUUACUCCUAAACUGCACGAUAUGGAGGAUCCAGAAGCUGAGACUAAGGGUCUCUUUAUGGAGACCAAGAGGUGCAUUCUGUACAUCAUUCGGGUUCAAACGGGUAACAACCUGCUUGAAAUUCUUGUCAAGCCAAUCAACCCGGAAGAUGAGCAGAAAUGGAGGAUGGUUCUGCGCGAAGACUUUGGCGACAACUCCAACACCCGAGGCGCUUAUUCGGAGGCGAACAUGAUUGAUGUUACGCGCAUGAGUUACUACGAUCUGAAGAGGACAGCGCUCGAGAACAUCCUCAGGUUGGAGCAGAUGGGUCGCAUCUCCAAGCAAAACUACUACCAGGAUAUCCUCAACGCCAUCGCGCUGGAUAUCCGCACCAAGAGCAGGAGAAGGGUCCAGAGACAGAGGGAACUCGAGGGUGUCCGUCAGACACUCGGCAAUUUGCACGAAAAGGCAAAGUAUCUCGAGCAACAGCGCAAGAGUUACGAUGACUAUAUCGAGCAGGCCAUGGCCACGCUGCAGAAUAAGAAAGGCAAGAAACGUUUCCUCCUCCCCUUCACCAAACAAUACAACCACCAGCGCGAGCUCGAGCGCUCCGGCCGCGUCCCCAAGUUCGGCUCCUUCAAGUACUCGGCCCGCGCCCUCUCAGACAAGGGCGUGCUCGUCUCGUGGACGGGUAUCCCCGAGCGCGACUGGGGCCAGAUCAACAUCACCAUCUCGUGCGACGAGGUCGGCAUUUUCAGUCUCGAGGGUAGUCGCGGCCACAUCCAGAUGCCGGGUGCCAGCGCCUUGGUGCCCAUCGAGGACUUGCUGCAGGCGCAGUUUGAGGCGCAUCAGUUCAUGAACCUGUUUGAGGGGCAGCUGAGGCUGAACGUCAACUUGUUGUUGCAUUUGGUGUAUAAGAAGUUUUAUCGUACCCAGUAA